GCACCUUGCUUGGGGGUCUGGACUGUAUGCUCGGGACGCGGGGGCCACUUGUAUCUUGCUGGGGUGGGGGGUCAGGACACGGGGACACUUAGGCUUCAUUUGGGGUUGGAAUGUGGGGACUGCACGCGUCACAUUUGGGUUCAGGAUUUGGGGACCCUCACAUCACACUGCAGGUCAGGAUGUGGGGAUACCUGCAUCCUGCUCGCGGGCAGGGACGUGGGACCCUCACGGGGUGCUCAGGGGCAGGAGAUGGGGACCCUCACACCGUGCUCAGUCAGGAUGCCGGGACCCUUGAACGGGGGUUGGGACAUGGGGACCUUUGCGCUGGAGUCGGGGUCAGGCUGCAGGGACACUUGCAUGGCACUUGGGGUCACAGGGGGACCCUUGUGCGGGAGCUGGGACAUGGGGAUCCUUGCAUGAUGCUUGUGGUGGGGACCCCCACGUUGGGUUUGGGGGUCAGGACUUGGGGACCCUUUUAUUGGGGCUGGUAUGGAGGGAGCCCCGCUUCAGGGCCAGCACCUGGGGACAUUGCAUUGGGGUCAGGACUUGGGGACCGCAGCAUCUCCCCCGGGACUCAGUGAGCUGGAAUCGGGGGAUGGUGGGGGUAGGUUGUGUCUUUCCCCUUCCUCCUCCUCCUCGCAGGGACCGUGACUGGGGGACAGAUCCAGACUCCCCGCCACCCUGGGUGGCUCUGGAGAAUUUGGAUGCGGCACCGCUUAACCCCAUCCUGAUCCAGCCUGUGCCCCGAAACCCCGCUGCCAUGAGGAAGAAGCCAGCCAAUGGGAGGGGGCUGGAUCCUGUGGCCCCCCAGCAGCGAACCCGGGGCAUCGCCAAGCCGGCGGAGUAUGUGGGCUCCUUCACGGUGGAGGACGUGGAACUGCAGCAGCAAGCGGGGCAGCUGGAGGAGCAGCUGCGGGCGCUGAAGGACUGCCCCAGGAGGAGGACGGUGGUGCUGAGGUUCAGCUUGCAGGGGCUGAAGGUCUAUGGCGCCGAUGGGGAGACGCUGCUGAUGGCGCAUGCUCUCCGCCGGAUCCUGUACAGCACGUGGCGACAUGCCGACAGCCAGUUCGCCUUCGUGGCCCGCAAUCCCCACAGCCCGGCCAGCACCCUCUUCUGCCACCUCUUCGGUGGUCUCUUUUGCCUCCCCCAGGUCCAGACCCUGCACCUCUUGCUCUGCCGCUCCUUCCAGCUCUGCUACCUCCUGGCGCACCCCGAGGAGCAGGUGGGUGAGGGGGAGCCCCCGGGGGCCGGGGUGCUGCGGGAGCCCCUCAACCCCGAGGAGGUGUCGCGCAACGUCAACGCCCUCGUCUCCUUCCGACGUCUGCCCGCACCAGCUGGCCUCGGCAACCUGGGUGCAGGGGAGCGGCGGCCGGAGGUGGAGGGCAGAGCUGGUGCCUGGCGCCCAGGGAAUCCCUACUGCUCCCCGGUUCUGGUGCGCAAAAAGGCCAUCCGCAGCAAAGUCCUGCGCUCGGGAGCUUACCGGGACUGUGGGGGCGAGAGCCAGCUCCACCAGCCGCCUCGUGACGCCAUGGUGGCGGGAUGGGAGAGCAAAGGGGCAAGGAGCUUGGCCUUCCUCCCUGAAAAUGAGAGCAUCCUCGCUGAGAGCGUGUGGGCCUUUGCCGGCAUCGCCAGGGACAGCGGCAUCGCGCUGCUGCGGCAGGACGUCCCCGGGGCCUUCCUCCUGCCCCCCCAGCCCGGCCUGGCCAAGCGCUGGUGCCUGUGGGUGCGGGCGCCCUGCGGCGUCGUCCCCUACUGCCUCUCCAGGACCCACCAGGGCAGGUUCUGCGUGGAGGUGAGGGUGCUGUGCAGGUGCAUCAUGCGUGGGUGCGCUUGAUGCAUGAGCGCAGGGGUGCGUUUGCUUCGUGGUUGCAGCGGUGCACAGUUGUGCCUGGGUAAGUGCACUGGAUGCAUCUGAGCGUGGAGGCACUGGGGUGCAAGCGCAUGUGGUGCAUCUGUGCACGGGUGCAGUGGUGCAUCAGUACAUGGAUGCACAGGUGCAUGUGCGCAUUUGAUGCAGGGGUGCAUUUGCUUCAUGGUUGCAUCAGUGCGCAGGGGUACGGGUGCAUCGGUGCAUGGGUACACUGGUGUAUAAGUGCAUUUGCUUCAUAAGUGCAGGGGUGCACAGAGGCAUUUGCUUCAUGGUUGCAUGGGUGCACAGGGGCAUUGGUGCGUGUGCACAUUCGAUUUGCGGGUGCAUGGGUGCAUCUGUGCACGGGUACAGGGUGCAUUGGCAUGAGGGUGUUUGAUCUGCGGGGGCACUGGUCACGGGUGCAUUUGAGUUGCGGGUGUAUCAGUGUGCAGGAUGUGGCUUUGCAUGGAUGCACAGUGCACAGCUACACGGGUGCAUGCAUGGGGGCAAUGGGUAUAUGAGUGCAUUUGAUUCGUAUGUGCACCUCUGCAUUGGUGCACUGGGUUUGUGGGUGCAUGGGUGCACAAGUACAGCGGCGCUUCUGCGCAGGGGUGCAUUUGGUGCAUGGGUAUUUGGUGCGUGGGUGCAUUCAGUCCAGGAGUGCAUGGGCGCACAGCGCACGUGUGUGUGGGCACCCCAGUAAGG